AUGGGAGCAAACGCUCCCAAUGCGAUACCAGCGCCAGCUCCACCUGUAGCGCCACCUGUGGCCCCACCGCCAAUCCAGAAUCAAAUAAGUGUCUCCUCCUCUACCUCGGAUCCACGGUCCCGAGUACAGCUAUCUACUAACCACAGAGGGGCACAGCCCAGACAGCAGCGUCAGCGCUCACCCCCACAGGGGAAUGCGUCACCACAGAGAAUCCCUCUCUUUAAUGAGGGAGAAGGCGAGGUAAACAGCAGAAUGUCUCGCCAAAAUCUUUUCCCCCAACCUAAUAAUCUAAUGGGUGAAAUAAUGCCUGUCCCAACAAGAUGCAGUCCCUUCACCAUAGACAUUCUCAACGAGGUAUUACCUCAAGGAGUGAAGAUCUCGGGGUUACCUCAAUUUGAAGGGACCACCGACCCACAUGAGCAUAUAGAGAAAUUCAGUGCCAUGGCGGAUUUAUAUGGCCCGACGGAUGCUGCGAUGUGCAAAAUGUUCCGCACCACCCUCUCCAAGAGGGCAAUGAAUUGGUUCAACUCGCUACCCAUAGGGUCCGUUGACACAUUCGCUCGAUUGUCGACCCGGUUCACCAACCAAUUCGCCAUCAACAAACAAUAUGCCAAGACCCCAGCUCAUCUUUUCUCUGUAGUACAGAGAGAUAACGAAACACUCCGCAACUACAUUAAGCGUUUCGUAGAAGCCGUCCAUGAAGUCCCCAGUGUAGGGCAAGACAUGCUCUCCGGGAUUAUGCAGCAGAACUUGAAACCGGGAAGAUUCAAGGAAUCUAUCGCCGGAAGACCCCCAGGCAACCUAGAGGAGUUGCUGAAUCGAGCCGAAAAGUACGUCCGAAUAGAUGAAGCUUCUACCCAUGCUCCUCCUAAAAGGAAAACGGAAGAUGACCGUCAGGACAAUAGGAGGCGCGAUGACCGACGCCCAACACUUCCACCUCAAGGCCAACCCUCCUCCUCCUACAACAGGUUCACUCCGCUAAACGCUCGCCUCACUGAAAUCCUUCACGUGAUAGAACAGAGAGGUUUAGCAGAGCCUCCACGUCCUAUGCAACCAAAUGCAAAGCGAGAAAAGUCGGAUCGUUAUUGUCGAUUCCAUAAGGACAUAGGGCAUACUACGGAGAAAUGUGCACAACUCAAGGUGGCGAUUGAGAGGCUGGUCAAACAGGGCCAUUUAGGCGAAUACAUUGAUAAGCCGCGAAAUAAGCGCCGUGAUGAUCCUCCACGCCGAGAUAACAAUCGAGAUCAACAACAAAGACGAGAGGAUGGGGGUCAUCGACGUGACCUAGAUAACAACGAUAACCAGCCUACUCGGGGAAUCAUCUCCUUUAUCUCCGGAGGACCGGCGGGGGGCGAUUCACAAAAUGCAAGACGCACCCUCGCUCGAUCAGCACGCAUGAAUCAAGAAUAUGCUGCUCCAUCCGCACGCAUAUAUCAAAUACGAAGACCUGAUCACAUCAUAGUAUUCAACUCCUUUGACCUUGAAGGUCCAGAUGAAGACCAUGUCGAUGCAUUGGUAGUAACAACAACGGUGGCCAACUUCUUGGUCAAGAAGAUAUUAGUGGACGGUGGGAGCUCAGCUGACAUCAUGUACCUCCACGCUUUUAAGCAGCUAGGCAUAGAUAAUGCCCGUUUUAGUCCCAUCUCCACACCCCUGAAAGGGUUCACAGGAGAAGGCAUUUUGUCCAUGGGAGAAGUGGAGCUGCCUGUUUCUUUAGGGGAAGAUCCCUGUCGAAUCACAAAAAUAAUCAAGUUCCUCGUCGUCGACAGGCCAUCACCCUACAACAUCAUUCUGGGGAGGCCAGCAAUCCACACAUUCAAGGCCCUACGAGAACCUUCCAAGAAGCCUAAACCACCCGGAAAAGGAGACGACACCCAAAAAUCCGACAAACGGAAAUGGGUCAAUGCGAUCAUCGAGGAUAAUAAAGAAAUCAUCAUCAGCGUACCUGAUGACAGCAUCAAGCUAGCAGCCGUCGAAGAACUUAAGCUCAUAGAGCUCAUUCCCGGACAUACCUCCAAGCUCGUACAAAUAGGAUCUGAUUUAGAUCCAACCACGGAGCAGCAGCUAAUCAACUUCCUACGACACAAUGGAGAUGUGUUCCCAUACAAAGCCCAAGAUUUGUCGGGCAUUCCCCCUCAGGUAGCCCUACAUCGGCUUAACGUCGACAAGAGGUUGAAGCCAAUCAAACAGAGGAAACGGACAUUUGGUCCCGAGCGCAACAAGCAUAUCAAAGCGGAAGUGGCAAAACUCCUUGAAGCGGGCCACAUACGACCAGUUCAGUAUCCUGAAUGGUUGUCGAACGUAGUACUCGUUCCCAAACCCGGGGGCAAGUGGAGACUAUGCGUAGACUUCACCGACCUCAACAAAGCUUGUCCUAAGGACCCUUUUCCUCUACCUAGAAUCGAUCAACUCAUCGAUUCGACCUCAAGAUGCGAGCUCCUCAGCUUCCUCGAUGCAUACCAAGGGUAUAACCAGAUCUUUCUUGCGCUGGAAGAUCAAGAGAGGGCUAGUUUCAUCACUGACCAAGGCAUCUACUGCUAUCAAGUCAUGCCCUUCGGGUUGAAAAACGCAGGAGCCACCUACCAGCGUCUAGUGAACAAAAUGUUCGCAGAUCAGAUCGGUAAAAAUAUGGAGGUGUACAUCGACGACAUGCUCGUCAAAAGUGUUAAGGUCUCGGACCACCUAACGGAUCUGGAUCAGUGUUUCGCCACCCUGCGAAAAUAUAAGAUGAAGCUCAACCCCCUCAAAUGUUCAUUCGGAGUUCGAGGAGGCAAAUUUUUGGGUUAUAUGAUUUUGCAGCGAGGAAUCGAAGCUAAUCCCGCGAAAAUCGAAGCAAUCACCUCCAUGGCUCCGCCAACAUCGAUCAAGAAAGUUCAACAGCUCAACGGCUGUUUGGCAUCCCUGAACAGAUUCAUUUCAAGAUCAACGAACAAGGCUCUCCCCUUUUUCAAGAUUUUAAGGGGAGGAAAAAAGUUCGAGUGGGAUGAGGCAUGUCAAAAGGCCUUCAUGGAGUUAAAGUCAUAUCUCGCAUCACCACCCUUGCUCACAAAACCACAGCCGGGAGACACCCUCAUGCUGUACUUAGCUACCUCGGCUGAUGCCAUCAGCGCAGUCCUCAUCCGAGAUGGAGGAAAAGGCCACCAACCCAUAUACUACAUAAGUCGUGCCCUCCAAGGAGCUGAACAAUGCUACACCAACAUGGAGAAACUCGCUCUCGCCCUCAUCAACGCAGCUCGGAAGCUUCGACCUUACUUCCAGUCACAUCAGGUGGUGGUCCUCACCAAUUAUCCUCUGAAGCAAAUACUAAGAAGUCCCGAAACAUCCGGGCGAUUAGCAAAAUGGGCGAUAGAGCUAAGUGAAUAUGGAGUGGAAUUCAAACCCCGCCCAACUAUCAAAGCGCAAGUAUUGGCUGACUUUCUAGUCGAAAUGACCUCUGUAGAAGAAAGCACCUCUCUACCUACUUGGUCCGUCAGCGUCGAUGGAUCUUCCACUGCCACAUGAGGUGGAGCGGGUAUCGUCCUAACGAACCCCGACGGAGACGAAUUCGAAUAUGCUCAACGAUUCGAAUUCACAGCCUCAAACAACGUUGCUGAAUACGGAGCACUGAUAGCGGAAAUCCGCCUCGCCCUAGCAGCCGGAGCGCGCAAGCUCCU